UCUCUCUCUCUCUCUCUCUCGCCAGCGUCGUUCGUUGUGAGCUCCAAAACCCUAGUAAUGGAGGUGAAAAACCCUAGCCAUGGCUCCGACGUCGAGAACCCCAGCAAUGGCGCUGAGCUCGAUAGCUCGUGCUCCACCCCCUACGUAAGCGCACCCUCUUCCCCUGGCCGUGGCCCAGUUCCUAGCUACUUCUUCAGCGCCCCGGCUAGCCCCAUGCACUACGUUCUCUCCUCCAUUUCCUCAUCUUCUCCGCCAUCCUCUGAGACUGACGCUGAGACUUCCGUUUCCGGUGCUGGAUCCUUCGAGUUUGAGUUCUCCACCAGAGGAUCAAUGAUCUCCGCCGAUGAGCUCUUCCUCAACGGCCAGAUCCGGCCUAUGCGGCUUGCUUCCCAUCUUCAACGCCCGCAGGCUCUAACCCCCCUCCUUGAUGAGGAUGAAGACGACGAUGAUCGGGAGGGUGAGUUGGUUUCCGGUGCUAGAGGACGUGGUCUCAGGCUACGAAGCGGAUCCAUCCAUCGGCGAACCCGAUCCUUAUCACCACUCCGAAACCCGAGGUUCCCUUGGACUGAGGACGAAGACGAAGACGAGCCAGAGCCGGAACCCGCCAACCGGGCUUCGAAUCUCGAAACGGAUCCGGAUCCGAAACGGAUAGAAGAUCCGAUUCCCUCCUCCGCCUCCGCGUCGUCAUCAAGGUCCUCCUCCUCCGGCCGGAACUCGAAGCGCUGGAUCUUUCUCAAGGAUCUCUUGUACCGCAGCAAGAGCGAGGGCCGCGAGAAUGGCAAGGAGAAGGACAAGUUCUGGCUCUCGAUCUCAUUCUCCCCAUCGAAAGAGAAGUCCAAGCCAUCUCCGUCGCCGGCGGCAAAGAGGGUGCCGCCGCCGGCGCCGGCGCCGGCGAGCUCUCGAAGGCCAUCAGCUCACGAAAGGCAUUACACGGCGAACAGAGCCCAAGCGGAGGAGAUGCGGCGACGGACGUUUCUCCCCUACCGUCAAGGCCUUCUCGGUUGCCUCGGGAUCAGCUCUCGCGGUUACGGCGCCGUCACUGGCCUCGCCAAAACCCUAAAUCCCGUUUCCUCGAGGUAAUAAUAAUACUAUUAUAAUAAAAAUCAUGCAUUUAUUAUUCCAAAAAAUUAUUAAAAAAAUUAUGCUUGUAUAGAAUUGCAGUGCUCUAAGAACCGCUUGAAAUUACUCGUUUUUUUUUUUUGUGAAUUAUUAUUAUUAUAUCUAUUGAUAAUCUCCGUUUUUUUUUUGUGGGGAUUAUUUAUUUAAUGUUUGACGUUUUUGUUUAGUAUUAAGAGUAAUUGUGGAAUUUAUUGUGAUUUUUGAAAUUAGAAGUUUUUGAAGGGUGUAUCUGCAGUUAAAAACAAUUAAGUGUUGGCAUUAAGACAAUUGUUAGCUGGAUAAUUAUUGGAUCAUGUGGAAGGGACUAGCCAUGCACGUGUAAUGCUGGAACUUUGGAUUUGAUGGUUGUUUUUAGGAAAUAGUAGGGGCAUUUGGAGCAAUGAAGUUUCUUGUAUCUAUAUAUAAUCUAAUGGUUCUCUUAAAUAACAACUUGUUAGUAAUUUAGUAAUUUGUUAAUGUCUUUGUGCGCGUGAUCGGCUCGUCUUUUUGGGAAGGUGACCAAAACUCUUUCCUACAUAUGUGACAUGUGUCAGUGCAUUAAUAUUAUGAAAAUAAUGUUGUUGGAUGCUUAUC